AUGGAUAUAAGUAACGAGGCUAAUGUUGAUCCGUUCUCAAUCGGGCCAACGUCUCUCAUGGGUCGAACCAUCGCCUUCAGAGUCUUGUUCUGCAAAUCAAUGGUACAGCUCAGGCGUGACCUCUUUCGCUUCUUGCUGCAUUGGUUCCUUAGGUUUAAGCUGACCGUAUCACCGUUUGUCUCCUGGUUUCACCCCCGGAACCCACAAGGGAUCCUAGCAGUCGUCACGAUCAUCGCCUUCGUGCUGAAACGUUACACUAACGUGAAGAUGAAGGCGGAGAUGGCUUACCGGAGGAAGUUCUGGAGGAACAUGAUGCGCACGGCUCUGACUUACGAGGAGUGGGCUCACGCUGCUAAGAUGCUUGAGAAGGAGACACCGAAGAUGAACGAAUCUGAUCUCUACGAUGAAGAAUUGGUCAAGAACAAGCUUCAGGAGCUUCGUCAUCGUCGCCAGGAAGGUUCACUUAGAGAUAUCAUGUUUUGUAUGAGAGCUGAUCUUGUGAGGAAUCUCGGUAACAUGUGUAACUCUGAGCUUCAUAAAGGUAGACUUCAAGUUCCUAGACAUAUCAAAGAGUACAUCGAUGAGGUCUCUACUCAGUUGAGAAUGGUAUGCAACUCUGACUCGGAGGAGCUUUCUUUAGAAGAGAAGCUUUCCUUUAUGCAUGAAACACGGCAUGCCUUUGGUCGCACGGCUUUGCUUCUGAGCGGUGGUGCUUCUCUCGGUGCGUUUCAUGUAGGUGUGGUGAGGACUUUGGUUGAGCAUAAGCUUCUGCCUCGGAUAAUAGCAGGGUCUAGUGUUGGUUCCAUAAUCUGCGCUGUUGUCGCCUCAAGGUCUUGGCCAGAGCUGCAGAGCUUCUUUGAGAAUUCUUUGCAUUCUUUACAGUUCUUUGAUCAGCUCGGAGGUGUUUUCUCAAUCGUGAAGCGUGUGAUGAUACAAGGCGCUCUACACGAUAUCAGGCAGUUGCAGUGUAUGCUUAGGAACCUCACUUGCAAUCUCACAUUCCAAGAAGCUUAUGAUAUGACGGGAAGGAUACUCGGGAUAACGGUUUGCUCCCCGAGAAAGCACGAGCCGCCUCGGUGUCUUAACUAUUUGACAUCGCCUCACGUGGUGAUAUGGAGCGCAGUGACUGCUUCUUGUGCUUUUCCGGGUCUCUUUGAAGCUCAGGAGCUAAUGGCUAAAGAUCGAAGUGGAGAGAUUGUGCCGUACCAUCCACCAUUCAAUUUGGAUCCAGAGGAAGGCACUAAAUCAUCUGUACGACGGUGGAGGGAUGGUAGUCUGGAGGUUGAUUUACCGAUGAUGCAGCUUAAGGAGCUGUUUAAUGUCAAUCAUUUCAUUGUGAGCCAAGCCAAUCCUCACAUUGCACCGUUACUGCGUCUAAAGGACAUAGUUCGAGCUUACGGUGGUAGAUUUGCAGCAAAGCUUGCGCAUCUAGUGGAGAUGGAGGUUAAACAUAGAUGCAACCAGGUGUUAGAGCUUGGUUUUCCACUCGGUGGACUUGCAAAGCUUUUUGCUCAGGAGUGGGAAGGUGAUGUAACAGUUGUAAUGCCUGCUACUCUUGCUCAGUACUCGAAGAUCAUACAAAAUCCGACUCAUGUGGAGCUUCAGAAAGCGGCUAACCAAGGGAGGAGAUGCACUUGGGAGAAGCUUUCAGCGAUAAAAGCAAACUGUGGGAUAGAGCUUGCGCUUGAUGAGUGUGUAGCCAUUCUGAACCAUAUGCGCAGGCUCAAGAGAAGCGCGGAGAGAGCUGCUACUGGUGGAACGUCAUCGUCUCAUCACGGAUUAUCUUCAACCACCAGGUUUAAUGCUUCUAGGAGAAUCCCGUCUUGGAACGUCAUUGCUCGAGAGAACUCUACAGGCUCUCUUGAUGAUCUAGUUGCUGACAGUAACCUGCACGCGUCUUCGGGCAGGAAUCUGAGCGAUAGUGAGACAGAGAGCGUGGAUUUGAGUUCUUGGACAAGAACUGGUGGACCUUUGAUGAGAACAGCGUCUGCUAAUAAGUUUAUUGAUUUCGUUCAGGGUCUAGAUAUCGACAUUGCAUUGACGAGAGGGUUUAGUAGCAGUCCGAAUUCCCCAGCGGUUGCUGGUCCGUUUAGUCCAAUCUUUAGUCCGAACUCGAGAUCAAUGGCGGCUCAUUCGGAGGGCGGGUUUGAGAAGAUGGAAUCUAACAACAUGUCAAGCAUAACAGUUACUGAAGGAGAUCUGUUACAGACUGAGAGAACAAGUAACGGGUUUGUGUUAAACGUGGUUAAAAGAGAGAACUUGGGAGGGAUGUCAUCAAGUGGGAGUCAGAAUGUUGAGUUACCGGAGAGUGUACAGCUCGAUAUACCGGAGAAGGAGAUGGAUGAUAGCUCUGUAUCAGAACAUGAAGUAGACGAAGAAGAUGAUGAUGAAAAAGAAGAAGAAGGUCAUCAGAAGAUUGUUUGCUCACAAGGUUCAGUAGGAUUACAAGAACCGGUGUCUGGUAGUGUUAGAGAUGAUUAG